AUGACGCUUGCCACCACUUUCACCAUCACGAUCUCGCCACAGGCCCGCUCGUCAUACCUCGCUUUGUAUUCCAUAAGCCGAACCUUCACGACCUCCGCGGCACAAUGCUCGUCCGGUCACUACAGCCGCUCAGACUUCUCCAGCCAGGGCUUUACGGGCAUCUAUGAGCCAGGCCAGCCGACUGGCGGGCCGCUCGGGGGAGCCAGCAUCGUCGGCGCCCCCCGGAUAACCCCGAAGGCGCUCAAACAUCACCUGGAUCAGUUUGUGGUCGGUCAGGAGCGCGCCAAGAAGGUUCUCAGCGUCGCCGUGUACAAUCACUACCAACGGAUACAGGAGCUCGAGCGGCUCGAGGAGGAGGAGCAGGAGCACCUGGCCCAGCAAGCGCGGCGGGAGAUGGUACAUCGGCAUCCAGUUGAAGAUGAGUUCCCUGGGCAACAGCGGACCACCAAUGUUUGGGACGCUGAAACCCAAUAUCCCCCCGACCCCCCGGCACCGCCCCCGCGUGCAUCCCCCGCUUUCGGCGCUGAGCCACUCGUCGACAACAGCCCCAUGACCAUCGAGAAAUCAAACAUACUAUUACUUGGGCCCUCAGGUGUGGGAAAAACGCUCAUGGCGAAGACACUUGCCCGCGUGCUUGAGGUUCCCUUCAGCAUGUCUGACUGCACCCCAUUCACUCAAGCCGGUUACAUUGGCGAAGACGCGGAGGUCUGCGUGCAGCGGUUACUGGCUGCAGCAAACUACGACGUAGCGGCUGCCGAGCGCGGCAUAAUAGUCUUGGACGAGAUAGAUAAAAUCGCAACAGCAAAAGUCAGCCACGGCAAGGACGUUAGCGGGGAAGGUGUACAGCAGGCAUUACUGAAGAUUAUUGAGGGAACAACACUACAAGUACAAGCCAAGCCGGAGCGCGGGGGCAACACUGGGAGGGGGCCAAGCAGCAACGCUUCAGGCAAUUCUUACAUUCCUGGAGGUAACCCAGGCGGACCAACCGGGAUGAACAUGGGUCAUCCUCCCUCGCCCAAGGGCGAAGUUUUUAACGUCCGCACCGACAACAUGCUUUUCAUCUGUACGGGCGCAUUCAUUGGUUUGCAUAAGGUAAUCCUUGACCGCAUAUCCAAAGGCAGCAUUGGAUUUGGCGCACCGGUUCGAGCAGCCAGCUCCGAAACAUUAUCUUCCGACACAACACUGAAGGGGGACGCUGCUCUUUUCCACAAACAUGUUCCUUUUUACACCCCGGAGUCCCAAACCACAGGAUCCUCCAAGGCUCCUCUCAACACGCUCGAUCUCGUCGAGCCCGCGGACCUCCAGAAAUACGGCAUGAUCCCGGAGCUGGUCGGCCGCAUUCCCAUCACCUGCGCGCUUUCGUCGCUCGACGAAGAGGCUCUCGUAAGGGUGUUGACAGAGCCUCGCAACUCGUUGGUCAAGCAGUACGAGCAGCUCUUCUCCCUCUCCGGCAUUGAACUCAAGUUCACCUCGCCGGCUCUCCGCGAGGUCGCGAAACAGGCGUCGAAGAUGGAGACUGGUGCUCGUGGGCUUCGAACUGUUAUGGAGCGUCUGCUGGGCGAGGCGCAAUACGAGUGCCCCGGCAGUACGACGAAGCACGUCCUUGUGACCAGAGAUGCGGCACAGAGGAAGAAGCCGUUGACGUACGUCAGUCGCGGACAGCAGCAGCGCUUCCAAGCACUGCUGGACCAGGAGGAGCAGGAAUGGCAGAGGGAGAUUAGUGGGAAGAAGGCGGAGGAAGAGCAUCAGCAGAGGGUUAAUAGUUUCGAGCAAUAUAGGAGAGCGGAGGCGGGGUAUGCUUAG